CCCCCACUUUGUCCCCUUCCCGGGCCCCCAGUCCUGCCCCUCCCUGGUGACCUGUCACAGCGCUCUGCCUGAACCACCGUCCUAGCCCCGCUUUGUUGAUCUCCCCGCUACCUGGCUGGUCUCUGAAAAUUAACUUCUCAACAAAGAAAGAUUUGGGCCCUGGCGGGGUAGCUCAGUUGGUUAGAGCAUCGUCCCUAUGGACCAAGGUUUCAGGGAACCUGGUCAGGACACCUACAAGAAUCAACCAAUGAAUGCACAACCAGCAGUGGUUUCCUUUGCCAGGGUGCCUGAGUUCACCUGUCAGAUGGCGGGCUGCUGCCAGGUAUUCGACACCCUGGAGGAUUAUGAGCAUCACUACCACACUCUGCACAGAAACGUGUGCUCCUUUUGCAAGCGGGCCUUCCCCUCGGGACAUCUGCUGGACAUCCACAUCUUGGAGUGGCACGAUUCCUUGUUCCAGGUCCUGUCUGAGCGGCAGGACAUGUAUCAGUGCUUGGUGGAAGGCUGCACAGAGAAGUUCAAGACCAGCAAAGACAGGAAGGACCACCUGGUGAGACAUCACCUCUACCCUGGGGACUUCCGGUUUGAUAAACCAAAGAAAAGCAAAGGCCCAGCCACUUCCAUGGCUGCCAUGGAAGUGUCGACAGAAGCCCUGGGGGAUGAUGGGGACACCAUGGAAGUCUGCUCUGAACACGUGACACCACCCCCAGAGCCUGUGGGUGAGAAGCGGAGCUACCGCCACAGAGUACCUUCCACCAUCUGUUUUGGUCAAGGUGCAUCGCGAGGAUUUAAAAGCACCAAGAACAGAAAUAAGCACUAGUGACAGCUGAGCCUGAGAGCAGGCCUUUGCCACCCCUCAUGUCUCGGUCCUUUGGGGGAUGGCGGGAUGACACCAGUUGCCAGUAUCAGCAGAGAGAGACCACAGAUUUCGGCAGUGACUCUGCUCCCAUCCCCUCCCUCUGUAGGGGCCAUCCUACAAGUGUUCUUUAUAAAGCAUAUAUUUUUUA